AUGAAUAACUGCAUUCUUCUUGAAGAAGAGCUGAUCAAAAGGUCCCAGCAAAAGAGAAGAACAUCUCCUUCCAACUUUAAAGUGCGAUUCUUCAUUUUAACCAAGUCAAGGCUGGCAUAUUUUGAACAUCGUCCUGGGAAAAAAAGAAUUCUAAAGGGCUCGGUUGAACUGUCUAAGAUUAAAUGUGUAGAAAUUGUGAGAAGUGACAUCAUAAUUCCAUGCCAAUAUAAAUACCCAUUCCAGGUUUUUCAUGACAGCUACCUGUUGUAUGUAUUUACACCCAACCAAGAGAGCCGGGAGAGAUGGGUGUUGACUUUGAAAGAAGAAACCAAAAACAACAAUUUGGUGACAAAAUAUCACCCAAAUUUCUGGAUAGAUGGGAGAUGGAGAUGUUGUAAUCAAGGUGAAAAGCUGGCAACAGGCUGUACAGUGUAUGCUGCAGCCAGGAAUGCCUCUAAGAAACCACUUCCUCCAAUUCCAGAUGAUAAUCAGAGAUUACUUCUAAACUCCAAGGAAUCUUUAGUAAUAGCUAUUUAUGACUACCAAGCUCAGAAUCCCCAGGAACUGACAUUACAGUGUAAUGAAGAAUAUUAUGUUAUUGACAGUUCUGAGGAUCACUGGUGGUUGGUUCAGGAUAAGAAUGGGCAUGAAGGAUACGUACCAAGCAGCUAUGUGGUGGAAAAAUCACUAGAAAAUCUGCAACUAUAUGAAUGGUACAACAAGAAUAUCAGCCGAACCAGGGCUGAAGCACUACUCAGGGAAGAGGCUAAGGAAGGAGCCUUUAUGGUGAGAGACUCAAGGCACCCGGGCACGUACACAGUCUCUGUCUUCACAAAAGCUCUGAGUUUUUUUUUAUUUUUUAGCAAUGAGAACAACCCAGUUAUAAAGCAUUAUCACAUCAAAGAGACAUGUGACAGCCCCAAGAGGUACUAUCUGGCAGAGAAGUAUGUCUUUGACUCUAUCCCAGAAAUGAUCAACUAUCACCACCACAAUGCAGGAGGUCUUGUAACUCGUUUGCGGUAUGCUGUUUGCUCCUGGAGAGAAAAAGCCCCUGUCACUGCUGGUCUAAGCUAUGGAAAAUGGAUGAUAAACCCUCAGGAACUGACUUUUGAGCAGGAAAUUGGUGUAGGUGAAUUUGGGGUAGUUCAUCUUGGCUGCUGGCUUCAGCAGAUGAAGGUGGCCAUAAAGACCAUCCGUACAGGAGCAAUGUCGCAGGAGGACUUUAUUGAAGAAGCCCAAGUCCUGAUGAAAGUGUCUCAUCCCAAAUUAGUCCAGCUACAUGGUGUGUGUCUACAAGAUCCCAUGUGCCUUGUGUUUGAGUACAUGGAAUAUGGCUGUUUGUGUGAUUACCUAAAGAAACAGCGAGGGAGCUUCUCAAAGGAAGACCUUUUGGGAAUGUGCCAAGAUGUAUGUGAAGGAAUGGCUUAUCUGGAACAAGUCUCAGUCAUUCAUAGAGAUUUGGCCGCUCGGAAUUGUCUGGUAGGAGAAUGCCAUGUUGUCAAAGUCUCUGAUUUUGGAAUGUCACGGUAUGUCCUUGAUGACCAGUAUACAAGCUCCAUGGGCACCAAAUUCGCCAUUAAAUGGUCAGCACCAGAGGUUUUCUCCUAUAGCCGGUACAGCACCAAAUCUGAUGUCUGGUCAUUUGGAGUGUUGAUGUGGGAAGUGUUCAGUGAAGGCAAAACACCUUAUGAGAAUCGGAGCAAUGCAGAAGUGGCAGAAGAAAUCAGCGCUGGUCACCGCUUGUAUAAACCCAGACAGGCCUCCAGUACUAUUUACAAGCUCAUGAGAAAUUGCUGGAGUGAGAAGCAGGACGACAGACCAUCCUUUUCUUCCCUGCUCUACCAGCUCAACGAAAUCUCUGACUCUGAUCUGUAGCCAGAGUUUUAAAGAGCUUUUUCGCUCCUGAAACUGAGAACAUAUGAAAAACAUGCCUAUUCUUAUGCAUGUGUCAGCCAGACUUUUCCAACAUAUGAAUCUUCUGGAGACAGCCAGCCUGGGACAGAAAUUCUUACAGGAAUUGCUCUCACAGCUGCCGAUUGAGAAAAUGGAUAGUGCCAGAUGCUUGCAAGGUUGUGUGAGAAU